AUGGAUAUGGCCAUUCUGCAGCUUCUCAAAGACGUUGAGACACGGUGGUCAUCAACAUAUCUCAUGAUAGAUCGGGCUAUUCUACUUCGCGAGGCAAUUGAACAAUUUCUCUAUGGUUCAGAGUUUGCAGAACUUCGCAAGUAUAGCAUGAACAAUGAAGAGUGGAAAGCUUUAGAAGUAUUCCACGAGAUCCUUCAGGUUCCACAUGCGUUUCAGCAGCUUUUAUCUUCAGAAUCUACGCCAACACUCAUUAGUGUUUUACCUGCAUUUGAAGCCAUGAAGCUACGCUGGCAGGAGCAACAGGCAAAAGUAUCCAACGCAGCUGGAAUUAUUCAGCAAGGUCUGGACAAGCUUGAAGACUAUCGUGAUCGCAACCGCAGCUGUAAUGCAUAUACUUUGGCCACUGUCAUCAAUCCUGCAUGUAAGCUGGAGUGGUUUGAGCAAAACACUUCACCAGCAGAAGCGGCUGCAGCAAAGAAUCUAUUUUUAGCUGAGAUGCACAAGUAUAAAUCCAAGAUGGCCCCUUCGGCCUCAGCUCCGGCAGCUGCAGUGAUUCAAACACAGCAGCAAAAGGCCUACGACAUUUUAUUCAAGGGUAAAGGAAAAAGUCCAUUGGCUGAGCGUUCAGUAGAGCAAGAGUGGUAUGCAUACAUUGCAGGGCCCACAGAUGGAUUUGUGGAUGCUAUCACAUACUGGAAGGCAUCUCAGACCAGGUUUCUAACCAUCUAUGCCAUUGCAAUGAAUAUUCUGCCUAUCCAAGCCUCUGCUGUGCCCUGUGAACGUGUCUUCUCAUCCGGAAAGAUAACAGUCACAGACCGGCGCAACAAAAUCGGUGGAGAACUCAUGGAAGCACUGCAAAUUCUCAAGUUCAGGUUCAAGCAAGGCCAUUCUCUGUCUUUCACACAUGGUUUGGACAUUGGAGAGGAGCUCAAGAACUUGGAGAGCCGUGCAGAAGAGUCUCCAGAGGAGAUCAGUUCAUAUUUAGCAUCACUCAAGUACACCGCCAAAAGUUCUACGGGUGGUGACCAGACGGGAGGUACUGGAAAGUUCCUGGACGAUAACGCCCGAAUAAGACACGUGAGCACCCGAUUUCCACCAUAUUUCGCCUCUGGCCACGGAGCAAUUCCAGAUGCGGAUGAAAGCCAGGCGUGA